AUUUAUAACACGCGCUAGGGUCCAUACUGAAAGGGUGGAACUGUCGCGACACCCGACAACUCCCUGUAGGACGCUCCCCUCGCUCUUCGACCAAUUCAGUUGUACACAGUGCUGCAACACGGCGUAGGAUACUACACGCAUCUACAAGUGUUAGGUAGUCUAGAGCCUGGCCUGCGCGCCAACGCGUGUCGACGAGCUGCGGGGCUUACGUGUCCCCGGUGUUGGGGGUGGUGCGCGGAGUCGACACACACACGCCGAGCCGGCCCUUUCACCCUGGCCAUUGGCACAGCUCAAGCAACAGGUGCUGAUGCACUAACUAGGCCACGGACCUUUCCCAGGCAGCUGCCUUGACACUCAACUCCAAGCCUUGACCUCCUCCGAGCGAGAGGGCGGACGCCCAUGUAUCGGCGCCGCUUCCCCGUUCCGCCUCCCGGCGGCUACGGCGGCGGCUACGGCGGCGGUUAUGGCGGCGGAUAUGGCCACAACCCGCGCAACAGUUACGCCAUGAUUCUGGCGCUGCAGCUAGCCAACCAGAUCUACCAGCUAGAGAACAAACCGCCGGUGACGCUGGCGCUGCUAGCCUUCCAGGUUGUGUUGUUUUUUGGGCGCGGCAGCGGCCUGGGCGGCGGCGGCCUGGGCGGCCUGAUACCGCCGGAGCUGUUGCCGUACAUGAACGUGCAGCUGGCGGCGGUGUGCCUGCAGCCGCGGCAGAUUUUGGAGCUGGGGGACUGGAAGCGGCUGGUCGUACCCGGAUUCCUGCACGUGGACGAGCACCACCUGUUCUACAACAUGGGCAGCCUGCUGUGGAAGGGCGCGCAGCUGGAGUCGCGGUACGGCCACUGGGGCUUCGCGGCCCUGGUGGCGGAGCUGCUGCUGCUGUCACACGGCCUCACAGCGCUGCUGGCGGCGGCGCUGGCGGCGGGGUUUCCCGGGUACAGGUACCUGUACUGGGACACGUGUGCGGUGGGCUUCUCCGCCGUACUGUUCGCCCUCAAGGUGGUCUUGAACUACAACCAGCCCGGCAACAGCUCCAUCAUGGGAUUCGAGCUGCCCACCAAGUACCUGUGCUGGGCGGAGCUGGUGCUGGCCUCCUACCUCACGCCUCAGGCCUGCUUCAUUGGACACCUGGGCGGCAUACUGGCAGGGCUGGGCCACGUGCGACUGGUGGAGCCGGCGCUGAGGGCGGCGGGCUGGCGGCUGCCGCGCCGCGGCGUGGCGCCGCCGCCCAGGAUGCGGGGUGCGAACGGCAUGGGUGGGCUCGGCGGCUUCGGCUUUGGCGGACUCGGCGGCUUUGGGUUCGGCGCCCCAUUCGGCGGCCUGGGCGGUGGCGGCGGCGGCGGUGUGGGUGGCGGUGUGGGUGGCGGCGGCAGGCAUGCAGAGCCUGAUCCGGAGCCGCAGCCGCGCCAGCAACAAUACUUCAACUCGGGCGGGCGUCUGGGCGGCGACGGCAGCGCUGCGCGCAGCCCCGCCGCUGCCGUCCAGCAACAGCAACAACAGCAGCAGCAACAGCAACGGCCGACGCAAGGCCCCGCGGGUGCCGACAGCCGGGGCACGGUGGCGGGCAGUAGCAGCGCGCAACGCGGCGCACCUGGACCCCACACCUCUGGGCCCUCUGGCAGCAGCGCUGGCGCAGCGGCCGGUGCCAUUCCGCCGCGGCCUCGGGCGCCGCUGGCGCCUCCUGCUCCGGAGGUGUGGUCGGAGGCGUCGGCGCCGCCGAUGCCUGUAGGGGCGCAGCCGACAGCACCACCCGCGCCGCCGCCGUCUUCGUCUGUGCCCGGGCCCGGGACACUUGCGGCAAGGGCCGAGGCGCAGCCGCAGCGUGACGGCGGCUCACAGCAGCAGGCUGCUGGGGGCGUUCAGGAGCAGGAGGCGGGGGCAAGGGCGGGGGCGGAGCCGCCGGCGCGGCCGACACUCACAAUGGAGCAGUUGCGUCAGCGGCGGCUAGAGCGGUUCGGGUGAGAGGAUGAGAGAGAGACUGUGCAUCGGUUGGUACUUGGUAGGACCUGCAAACGCAGCUGACGAGUAUCGUGACGCAAACGGCGUUCACCUUCAAUUCAUUGGGAUUGUGCGGUUCCGUUUUCGUGGUACAAAUGCGCGCGGGCAUAAGGCGUCCUACGCUUGUAGCGCUGAGCAUACCGUGAACUGCGAACUAUUGGUAUCAGCUGUGUCAGGUACAGCAUGCGGUGCAGUGGACGAAGCAUGUUUGCCCUGCAGCUCCUGGUGUGUGUGUGUGUGUGUGUGUGUGUGUGUGUGUGUGCCGGUUGGUCCUCUAUGACGGACGUGUAUCCCAUGUGCCGUACGGUAACCCACCGUAAAUUCUCCACCUCUGAAUACCCGACCACAGCGCCUAGUGUCACUUGUUGGCUGUCGCCUAGUGUCCAGUUACGGUAGUCUGGUUACGAUAACAACUUGUAACACAUCGUCAUC